CCUUUUCACAGAUUUUGGCAUGUUUUGAAGUUUGUCAUUAAAUGCUUUAUAUUGAUAAAUGUAAACAUUAAAUUUUAAAAGCUCCAGUAAAAAAAAAUUAAAAAAUGAAAAAACAUUAGACCGCAGCAGGGCUCGAACCAGUGACCCCCGGAAUCCUGAAGUAAAAACGCUUUAGCCAACCGAGCUAUCCUGCCGUUAUAUAAGCAAACUUCGUAGUUUCACAAAUUUAAACGACAACAACAGAACUCUCCAAAUUAUUCAAUCGUUUCGCGUUGCAACGCUUUAUAAUUUUUAGGUUUUUAAAUCGUCAAAAGAUGCAUAAAAUGGCUAUAUUAGACCAUGGCAAAUAAUCAGUAAUACUGUUUCCUCACAAAUAUCAUAACUAAACCGAAAAUUUGCGAAUCUAAAACAACUUUUUUCAAUUUUGUCAAUUUACCAAACCGUGAAAAGAUCCCUUUAACCAUUACAUUUAAAACUGACUCUGCGUUCCUGAUGAUUAUUUUCAAAGUUGUUUUAACCUCAAAAUGUCGUAUUAACCGUGCUUCAGUGUUUGUGUGCUUACGCGACUUUGAAUAGAUAAGUUCUUUAAACAUUUAUUGGUAUGUAGCCUGAGCACAUGAUCAUGUGACACUGUCAUACAAAAUGGCGAACGCAACACCUCCCGAUUUGUCAAAUUCAGAGACGACAGCAGCAUUCAAACAAGUUGACAGAACAUGGGAGCGAGCCUGGACACUGAAGGAAAUGCGGCAGGGAGCCAGUCACUGGUCACUGGCAGGAGACGCAGGGUUGUUGUUGUACCUGCAAGAGUUUUCCCAAAAGCUGAUAUCAAGAACACAUGAGAUUGAAAAGGAGGUGGAGAACUUGGUUCAUGACUCCAAGCUGACCACUGUACGGGUGAACAAUGUGUUCAAUGAGUUCAUGAUGUUGGCCAAUACCCAGUUUGUGGAAAAUCGUGUGUAUGAAGAUGAGAGUGACCAGGUAGAGACUCAGCCAGAGGAGAAGAAACAGGAGAGCCAGGAGAAGACUCGAGAGCAGAGAGAGGCUGAGCUGGUUCCCAAGGUGUCUGAGGCCAUCAGGCUGGGUGUGGAUGUGAUAGAGAGGGCCUUCGAGAAGCUGGAGACCAACAUUGACCAGUCAGACUCUGAGGAGGAUGAGUCAUACAGGGUGGAUCCCAUACUUGAGGCCAAGGACCCAUACCUGGAGAGGUCCCUUCCGUAUCUGAUUGGAACCCCACAGUUCCUCAAUGAUGACAAUGUCGGUCUACGGGAGGUCUCAGAUGAUGAUGAAUCGGACCACGGGGAGAUCAGCGAGAGUGAGGAGUCAGAAAGUGAGGAGGACAAAAAGAAACAACAGGAUUCCUACAGUGACAGUGAGUCAGACUCAGAUGGGGAGGUGCCGGUGUCACGUCCAGCCAAACCAAUGUUCCCUGCUGAUGCUUCAGAGGAAUCAGACAGUGACGGUGAUUUGUUUGGUGCAUCUGAGAGGAGGACCAAGCCUGAGGACAGCUCGGCUACACCCAGCGAGGGGGAGAGUGGGGAGGAACACAACACGCAGGUGCCUGCCGCCCCACUGGACUUUGCCUCAGAGUUGGCACGUAAGCUGGGCGGAGCCCCACCCAAACCAUCCUCACCCCAGGCUGGGACAGGGGCAGGGGAUGAAGAGAAGGGACCAGGACAGAAAGAGCACAAGAAGAAGAAGAAGGAAGUGACAAAACCAGCUAAGACUGAGGAGGAAGACCUGUUUGGCGAGGCUGGAGAGUCUGAGGAUGAGGACCUGUUUGGAGGGGCACAUUUGAGGCAAGAAGUCAACAGGAAUAUUUGAUGACAGUGAUGAGGUG